CAAACUCAAACCCAAGAUGUAAAUUUAGCGGUUGCACCUGAUACGAUGAAAGGUGCAGAGAAUGUGCCUCCUACAGAGAAGGAACCACCGACUGUAGAGGAGGAAUUGUCGGCUACAAAGGAGGAUGUGCACGAUGCAGAUGAGGCGCUCGAUGCAGAGGUGGAUGAUGACGCAUCGCCAAAUUCAACUGCCUCCCCACGACGGCCGUUCAAAGCAUGUCAUUGUUCAAGGAAGGUGCAUGUUAGCACUAUGAACAAGGAGGCUGCCAUGUGGGAAUUAGAGCGGCUGGUUGCUAUUCGUGAACCAAGUCGGAAGGUUGCUGCUUUGAUGGAAGAUAAUUCAGCUGGCGAUGAUGAUGAUGAUUUUGUAAAUGACCUGAGGAAGAGGAAGUCGUCAUCUCCACUUGCUGUUACUAAAGCGGCCAAAGUGGGCAAGAAGGCUAAAGCAGCCAAAGUGGGCAAGAGGGGUGAGGCAGCUGCUAGGAAAUCCAAGACUGCAACAACGACGAUGUACAGGAAAUAAAAUCAAACUACGAUACAAUGCGAUGUGCCCCAGGAUCAAUUGUGGAUAUCUUGGCAGACAAGCCUCAUUCUUUAAUGGACAGGAUAACAAACUUGGGUUUUGGGGAUUUCCUCAAGUUUUCCUUGGACGCAAUUGACAAUAGGACACUUCCAGUGUUCUUAACAAAUCACAUAAAGAUUGACCCACUGUGAAUUGAAGUCAGGGACAAAGUAUUGCCAAUAACCCCUGAAAUCGUCCAUUCUGUGCUGGGGAUCCCCAUUGGUGGUAGCAAGUUGCACACACCUUCUGCCAAGGAAAAGAGUAGUGCUAGUAUCGAGCUCAGGGAUCUUUGUGACAAGAAAGGUAUGGAGGCCAUGUUCAAGUAGAGGGAGAAUGAAAUGAAGGCUGCUAAUAAGAAGGGAGUUGAAAAAUUGAAGAAAUACGAAGAUUUAAAGAAAAAUGAAGUCCCUAGAUGGGUUUUUGUACAAUUUGUUUCAAUGAAGGAGUCUGAUGAUUGGACUGUGCAGUAUUUCUUCAUGCUAUUGUCUAAUACGUUGCUAUUCCUGACCAGUGAGCUGAAAAUAUCUUCCACUGACUAUAUCUACUACAAGGAUCUAGAAAAAGUUAAGCAUUUUGAUUGUUGCAGUGUUGUUGUUGAUGACAUUAGAGACAAGGUCACUGGGUGAAAGAGUAAUGUUGGGAAGAGCUCAACUCCUUUAGUUCAAGGCUGCAUUGCUCUCAUCAUGGUAAGAAUUAUUUUCUUUUGUUCAGUAGUCUACCUAUU